AUGCUUAUAGAGAUUAUCUUGGGAUUGUUUGCUGUGGCGGCCGCCUACCCUGGCAUCAUUCACGAUGAGAUACCACAAGUUGAGGAGAAUUAUGAGCAACAAGGUCUGAUUGGAGAAUCGGGUCAUCACCAUCAGAUACAACAUGAGCAUGCUAAGUCUCAUCAGUCCAUUAAAAUUGAACAUUUCCACCCGGUGCCAGUUUAUAUUAAAAAGGAGCAUAGUCAUCUUCUUAAACAUCCUCUUGAGAAGGGAAAGACUGAGCAGAAUUUAAAACAAAUUCACCCUGAAACCGAGCACAGCCACGGUGGUGGUCUUGUCCUUGAAGACCACAGACAGAAUACUGACCACUAUGGUGCUAGUUUUGGGCACGGAGGUUUUGAACAAAGCGCGGAACAAGGAGGAUACGAGCAUUUCGGUGGAUACGAAGGUUCUGAAGGUUUAAAGGCAUAUGCCGAACUACAACAGCCUGAAUCUGAGGGUCAAUACUAUGCUCAACAUGGACAGAGUUUGUCAGGGGAAAGUUCAGAAGGUUACCAUCACGAAGGCUAUAAUUAA